AUGGCGUCUCUGACACGCGCGCGCUCGCUGCGCAAGCCCACCGGGCCCACGGUAUUGCCUCCCAGAGAACGGCCCCGGGAGCAGAGCCAAGGUCCCAACCGCAAUGUCUCGCCGAGCCGACUACCCACGAAACCGGCGCUGCGGCCGACGAGCUCCUCGACGACGACGACGACGGCCCCUACACGGUCCACAAGUGGGAGAGCACACAGGCCAGGGAGUGCAUCGUCGAAUGCAUCUUCCGUAGCGGCGCCUACUAGGUCCGUCUCGCUGAGAAAGAAGUCGGCCACCACGGCACCAGAGCACACCGCUGCAGCGGCAGCAGCGCCGCCGCCGGCCGCGAGGAAGGACACGCACAGAUAUCCGCCGCUGUCGUCUGCAACGCGGCCGAAUUCCAUGGUACUGAGACCCACGUCGGCUGGUUCGGCAACAGCAACAUCUACUACUUCUACAGCCACGAGACGAGCAGCGGCCCCGACAUAUGCGCGUGCAAACAGCGCUGCCGUGACUACGGGAGCAGCAGCGCCCAGCGCAGCUCGCAAUGCACCACCGCCCGCUGCACAGGAGCGAAAGAGCCGGUCGCGACCCCCAUCCCGUGAUCCGACGACGUCCGCCGCCGCCGCUGCUGCUGCUACUGCUGCUACUGCUGCUGCGCCAAGCACGCCCAAACGACGCGCCGUCUCGGUCGACAAGCCGCCGCCCAUCACCCCGACCGCUGCCAGCCACACGCCACGUCUUCAGCACCGACCGGCAUUUAUGCAGCAGCAGCAGCGCCUCUCCCCAGGAAAGACUGGCUCGCCUAGGCCGCCCACCGCGCAGCAGCCGCCGUUGUCGCCGUCCAAGCCGCCUGCCAACGUGGCCGCGUCCGCUGAGACGGCCCGUCUGCAGGCCGAGCUGCUCCAGCUGCAUCUCCUGCACCGCGACGCUGGCAUCGUCGAGGCGCAGUGGCACGCCAGCGCGAAAACCAAGCUCGGCGAACGCUUCCGCGAACUGCGCGACGCCCACCGCUCACUGGCGGACCGCGAGGCCGCCGAGAUCGAGGGCGACAACAUUGCCGCGCUGCAGUGCUGGGGAGGAGGUAUUGGCGCCGGUGCCGGCAUGGGGACGCUGCUGGACGGCAGGAUCCAAGCGCUAGAUGCCGUCAUCAGCGGGGUCUGGGCUCUCAGCGAACCAGGCGGCAAGUACGCGCGCGUGGUGCGGCGUUUUGAGCGCUGGGUUGAGCGCGUCAUGGACCUGGAGGAGGCGCGGGACAGCGGCGCCAUCGGUCUGUUUGCGAGCGGCGCGGCGCUGCCCGACCGCCACAGCCUCGGGAACAGUACUAACAGUGCUGGUGGUGGCGGCGGCAGCAAUAUGCAGGAUGCACUAUUCCUGCAGGACUUGGAUCGAGCGUGGACGGAUGACUGCGCGAGCAUGACGCGGAAGCUCGAGGGCUGGCAGGACCAGCUCGAGCAGUGCCUGGGAGGAGGGCUGGAGGGUCUGGGAAGUGGCGGCAGCGGCGGCGGCGGCAGCAGUCUGGCGCGCAUGCUCGACGGCGCGGGGAGCCUCGUCGGGGAUAUGCUGGCGGAGCUCGGCGCCAUGGAGGAGAUUCGGCAGGCGGCGCUGGCGCGCGAGGAGGAUUGGAUCGAGGCGAUGAAUCGCGACGACGACGAGAAUGAUACCCCAAGGGCUGGCGCAGUCUGGCGGGCCAUGUAG